AUGGAUUGGACUAAUGAUGCUGUAUUGAGAUUUUUGGAAUUGUACCAAAUGCAUCCGUGUAUAUGGGAUCCCCAAAAUGUGUCCCACAGAAACAAAACGAAAGUCAACGACGCAUGGUGUGUAAUAAAGAAGGAAUUGGGAUUUCCAGGGACAAUAAAGGAAUUAAAGAAAAAGAGAGAAUCAUUAAUGUCUGCAUACAGGGGCUACAAGACUAAAAUUAAUAAAUAUGAAACAUCAGGAGUUGGUAGUUCUGAUGUUUAUAAACCGACAUGGUUUGCAUUUGAACUUAUGGAUAGUUUCCUAGCGUCACUGUAUACAUGCCAGCCAUCUUUAAAUUCUCAAGAAACAAUGACAACAACCAGAAGAAGACAGCAGAAUCCACCUGAACUUGUACAAGUUAAAAACCAAAUGGAUAAAGCAUUUAAGAUUCUCGAAACAGCAUCAAAACGGCAAUUAGAAGAUGAUGAUGAUGAAUGCAAUAUCUUCGGAAAACUAAUGGCAAAGAAGCUGCCUGUUAUAUGCGCUAAUGCGGUAAACUCUGGCGUUUGUACGGGCGAUAUGGGUGCUCCGCUUGUGUCCGGUGGUGUUCUUAUAGGAGUGGCCUCCAACCACAAGGGAUGCGGGUCACAGAACUAUCCUGAUGUCUUCACAAGAAUCGACGCUUACGUAGAUUGGAUCAUGCAAGUCGCUGUACCACCGUCAAGUUAA